GGGGCGCUCUUCCCCAUGAGCGGGGGGUGGCCGGGGGGGCAAGCAUGCCUGCCCGCCGUCCGCAUGGCGCUGGAGGACGUCAACAGCCGGAGGGACAUCCUGCCCGACUACGAGCUGCGCCUCAUCCACCACGACAGCAAGUGUGACCCAGGCCAGGCCACCAAGUACCUCUACGAGUUGCUCUACAAUGAUCCCAUCAAGAUCAUCCUCAUGCCCGGCUGCAGCAGCGUCUCCACACUUGUGGCCGAAGCCGCCCGCAUGUGGAACCUGAUUGUGCUCUCCUACGGCUCAAGCUCCCCUGCCCUCUCCAACCGCCAGCGCUUCCCCACUUUCUUCCGCACCCACCCCUCGGCCACUCUGCACAACCCCACGCGCGUCCAGCUCUUCAAGAAGUGGGGCUGGACCAAGAUCGCCACCAUCCAGCAGACCACGGAGGUCUUCACCUCGACCCUUGAUGACCUGGACCAGCGGGUGAAGGAAGCCGGCCUGGAGAUCACCUUCCGCCAGAGCUUCUUCUCUGACCCCGCCGCACCUGUGCGCAACCUCAAGCGCCAGGAUGCCCGUAUCAUUGUGGGGCUCUUCUACGAGACGGAGGCGCGUAAGGUCUUCUGCGAGGUCUACAAGGAGAAGCUGUACGGCAAGAAGUACGUCUGGUUCCUCAUCGGCUGGUAUGCCGACAACUGGUUCCGCAUCAAGGACCCGGCCAUCAACUGCACCGAGGCGGAGAUGGCCGAGGCCGUGGAGGGGCACGUCACAACCGAGAUUGUCAUGCUCAACCCCGAGAACACACGCAGUAUCUCCAACAUGACGUCUCAGGAGUUCAUCGAGAAGCUGCAGAAGAGGCUGGGCAAGAACCCAGAGGAGACGGGCGGCUUCCAGGAGGCACCGCUGGCCUACGAUGCCAUCUGGGCACUGGCGCUGGCCCUCAACAAGACGUCAGCGGAGCUGGUCAAGAAGGGGCUGCGCCUGGAGGACUUCAACUACAACAACAAGAACAUCACCGAUGAGAUCUACCGGGCCCUCAACUCCUCCGCUUUUGAGGGUGUCUCGGGCCACGUUGUCUUUGACGCCAGUGGGUCCCGCAUGGCCUGGACACUCAUCGAGCAGCUUCAAGGGGGUGUCUACAAGAAGAUCGGCUACUACGACAGCACCAAGGACAACCUGUCCUGGUACAACAAUGACAAGUGGAUCGGAGGUGCUCCACCGGCUGACUACACCAAGGUCAUCACCACCUUUCGGUUCCUGUCCCAGAAGCUCUUCAUCUCCGUCUCAGUGCUGGCUUCGCUGGGCAUCCUCUUGGCCAUCAUCUGCUUGGCCUUCAACAUCUACAACGGGCACGUCCGGUACAUCCAGAACUCCCAGCCCUACCUGAACAACAUGACAGCCGUGGGCUGCACAUUGGCACUCGCUGCUGUCUUCCCCCUGGGGCUGGAUGGAUACCACAUUGGGCCGGGGCUCUUCCCCUUCGUCUGCCAGGCCCGGCUGUGGCUGCUCGGGCUGGGGUUCAGCCUGGCUUACGGCAGCAUGUUCACCAAGAUCUGGUGGGUCCACACCGUCUUCACCAAGAAGGAGGAGAAGAAGGAGAAGCGGAAGACCCUGGAGCCGUGGAAGCUGUAUGCCACUGUGGGGCUGCUCGUGGGGCUGGACGUGGUGACGCUGAUCAUCUGGCAGAUUGUAGACCCCCUGCACCGCACCAUUGAGGAGUUCACCAAGGAGGAGCCCAAGACGGACACGGACGUCUCCAUCCUGCCCCAGCUGGAGCACUGCAGCUCCACCAAGAUGAACACAUGGCUCGGGAUAUUUUAUGGCUUCAAGGGGCUGCUCCUGCUGCUGGGCAUCUUUCUGGCGUAUGAGACCAAGAGUGUGUCCACCGAGAAGAUCAACGACCACCGUGCUGUGGGCAUGGCCAUCUACAAUGUGGCGGUCCUCUGCCUCAUCACCGCGCCCGUCACCAUGAUCCUCAGCAGCCAGCAGGAUGCAGCCUUCGCCUUUGCCUCACUGGCUGUCGUCUUCUCCUCCUACAUCACCUUGGUCGUCCUCUUUGUGCCCAAGAUGCGGCGUCUCAUCACCCGGGGCGAGUGGCAGUCGGAGCAGCAGGACACGAUGAAGACGGGCUCAUCCACCAACAACAACGAGGAAGAGAAGUCCCGGCUGCUGGAGAAGGAGAACCGGGAGCUGGAGAAGAUCAUCGCCGAGAAGGAGGAGCGGGUGUCUGAGCUCCGCCAGCAGCUCCAGGACCGCCAGCAGCUCCGCUCCCGCCGCCGCCCUCCAACCCAUCCCGGGAGGCCGACAACCAUUUUGCCCCGGGGCUAGGGGCCGCCCCAGCCCCGGCCCGACAAACUGGGACGGGGCAACUGCGACGGCAGCCGGGUCCACCUCCUCUACAAGUGA